AUGGUCAUGAAGACGGAUCCGAAGAAUAGCGACUACGAGAUGGAAUCGGGAGCGUCCAGAAAUUUCGAGCCAUGGCGAGCGUCGGACGAGCAGAAGGCGACCGCGAAGCGGCAGCGCGAGGAGGAAGAAAUGGGCGACGCCAUGCGCGCUCUCGAGAAUCGAACCCUCGACUCCAAGAUGGAAAUGGACAUUCUCGCAGCCUUGGACGAAAUGAAAUCCAUGCGUGCGCGACAAGCAACCCUCGAUCCAGCAGCGGUUCUGGAGGUGCUUCAGAGAUCGGCCGGCGGAGCUGGUGGGAGCGGAGGAGGGGUGUUAGCGGAUCCGAAACAGUUAACGGAAGAAGACGAGGAGCUGAUAAAGAAGAUCGUGUUUAGAAAAUCGGAGAAGUUUGUAAAGAGGAUAGACAGUGACGAGGAGGAUGAGGGGGGAGAAGGCGAGGGAGCUGAAGCCAGUAACAAGGAUCAGCAUGGAGGGGUUAAAAGGACUCGUAUUGCCACCAACGGAGGCGAAGCUGAAGCAGGUGGUGAUGUUAUGGGUGCUAAUGAUGAAGCAGCACCGCCAGCCACACUCAAUGCAAGCGGGUCAGUUGCAGCAGCAGCAGGAGCAGCAGGAGCAGCAGGAGCAGCAGGAGCAGCAGGAGGAGCAGGAGGAGCAGGAGCAGCAGCAAGUUCAGCCUUUGAAAAUCGACGGAGCAGAUUUGUUCAGGAGGACCCUCGGCCGGCCUUCGAAGCCAAGCCUGUGAGGGUGGCGUUUAUGGUGAAGGCAAAGAGCAAGGUGCCAGACAAGGCAACAGUGCCAAGCAAAGAUGCAGGGAAAGUGCCAUUGGCGAGCAGGGAUUCUAGAGGAAAUUCAGGAGCUGAAAUUGCUGGAGGCAAUGCUGAUGGUUCAGGGGGUUCCAGUGCUGGUGGCUUGCAGCGAGAUGACGAGGAGAAGGGGAAAGCUGCAUUAACCAACUUGUUUUCAACCUAUGGUUCUGAUGAUGAUGACGAGGAUGAGUAA